AUAACUUUGUAGACGUUCCGGGCGGUUCUAGCAAGACGUGUAAUGGUCAUGCUCAUCGAUGAGUAUCGAACCAGUGUUGUGUGCAGUGCUUGCGAUGCGAACACGCGUCAAUUUCGAGACCGUCCAGGAAGUGUUCAAGUGUGUCGCGAGCACACAAAGCGGAGAAUUCGUCGGAUCCGCGAACGUGCUGAAGACGAUGGACACAGGAACAAUGCCCGACGGCAGCUCUGGUGUGUGGAUGACGACGGCCAUAACCUUUGGCCAACAUCGACUUGCAACGACCGUCAAAACGCUGCUGGUUCCCAAUUAUCCGUGUAUCCAUUGAAGUUCUGCGAUCAUUGUCCUGUACCUACUUUGUGGGACCGUGAUAAUAAUGCUGCCCGAAACAUUGGUCGUAUCUUCAUGCAAUACGUCCAAACUGGUAAUUUGAGAUCGCGACCACCGUCGAUGCGUCGUCCCGCUGGAGAAAAUGUGUUAGACGAUGCCCACGACGACGAGUUUGAAGAGGAGGAGGAAGACGAAGAAGAGCAGGCCUUGGCGCCUGUCAUGGAGUGAGUGGAGGGCCACUCCAACGAGAUACAAAUUGGGGGGAGGUAAGUAUCUUAUUCCAUACUCGUUUCUUUACUUUUGUAACAGCUGUCUAACUUUUGUUUCUUUUCAUGCAUACGCUUUAAUACACUUCUUUCCUUCUUUCUGUUGCAUUUAUUCUCCGCUUCUUAUUUCUAAUUUUUCUUGAUGAAUAAAAGACCCCCAGGUAGUUGACCAGGAGAUAGAUAGUAGAUA